CGGUUGAAUGCGAGUUCCCGCCGGAACAGUGAACGUCCACGUCGCGUUGGAAAUCACUAGCCGAAGGUGUCCCAAAAAAGAUGGCUGCAAGGAUGGACAAAAAAGAACUCAUGGUCAAACUGAAAAAGUUGAUGUUAAAACAAUUUCAACAACUUCAACGCCGCCUGGGGCGGAAGACUAAUGAUAAUAGUGUUAAGAAUAUGGGAGUGAAAGACACUGUAAGAUUUCUAAUGAAGAAUUACGGUGAAAAGGCCAGUGACGUUUUGUCACAAACUCUAAAUCACUCAAAACACAAGAGAAAACAGAGCCAGAUUUGUCAGGGAAAUGACAAUGAGAAUCAGACAUCAACUGCCAGUGCUGUGGAGAACAAUGACAAACAGGUGAUGGGCGUUAGCUGUCCAUCUACAGUCACCCAUGUUGGAGGAGCACUUGCUGAAAACAGAGUUGCAAAUGGAAAUUCCAUAACAGCAGUUAACGGAAGCAUUGUAUUCAACCCAACAAUAACUGGAUGUUCAAUUAAUGGGAACGUGAUCAUAAAUGAGAGCAAAACUAUUUCUGACCAAAAUAAGGAGGACAGUCACAUAGUUGUGGACCCUGGAUCUAAUCUGAAAGCGUUUUCUGACCACCGCAAGAGGACGGAAAACAUCCUUCGCAUCAAAGACAAGAUCAAAGUACAACAGAAGAAAAGGUGUGAAACCAUACUAGAGGGUAUUGCAAACCACAAGAAAUCAGAACUUAACAAGGUGUACACAGAGUUGUACAUCGUCACCUGUGAUUCUACCAGCAUCAAUAAGGAACACGAGGUGUGGCAUGCUGAGACGGCACACCUCAGAGACACCUCGAUGGCCUCCAUGAUAAAAUGCCAAGAUAUCUUUAAACCUGAUCAAGACGAAACCAUCAGAACUGUGUUGACAAAGGGAAUCGCUGGCAUUGGAAAGUCUGUAGCCGUUCAGAAGCUGAACUUAGACUGGGCCAACGGAAAAUCAAAUCAAGAUCUAGAUUUUGUUUUCCUACUAUCUUUCCGGAAUUUGAAUUUGAUAAAUGACAAGUACAGUCUUAAUAAACUUCUUGAGGCAUUCUACCCUCAACUAAAAGAAAUAGAAAUGAUUGUGUAUGAUGAACACAAGAUUCUGUUCAUUCUUGACGGACUGGAUGAAAGCAAACUGCGACUGGAGUUUGAUAAAAACAGGCUGAAUCUGACAUCUGUGUCUGAGUCUGCUACACUGGACGUUUUGCUAAUGAACCUCAUUGCUGGGCCUCUUCUACCUAAUGCUUUAAUUUGGAUAACCUCCCGUCCAGUAGCUUCCAGUCAAAUCCCUUCACAGUUUAUUAAUCGAGUUACAGAGAUCCGAGGGUUUAAUGAUGUUCAAAAGGACGAGUACUUUCAAAGAAAAAUCAGCGAUCCUGAGACGGCCAGACACAUCAUCUCAUUAAUAAAAACAUCCCGGAGCCUCUACAUCAUGUGUCAUAUACCGGUGUUCUGCUGGAUGGCGGUAAAUGUGCUUCAAGAUAUACUGCUUAAAGGCAACAAGGAAGGUCCAAAGCCUCAAUCUUUGCCUACAACCAUCACUGAGAUGUACCUGCACUACUUAAGGAUCCAAACAAAUAUCAGUUCUCAGAAACACGGAUCUACAUCUGCAGGUGGCACGCAAUGUACUUUGAUGUCAAACAAAGACAUCAUUUUAAAAUUGGGAAAGCUGGCAUAUGACAACCUGGAAAGUCAAAAUGUGCUUUUUACAGAACAGGACUUGAGCAACUGUGGUAUUAGUGUCACGGAAGCUGCUACCUGCCCAGGGCUCUGUACGGAACUUGUAGAGUUUGAGUAUGGACUUUAUCCAAAGAAACUAUAUUGUUUUGUCCACUUGAGUGUUCAGGAGUUUUUUGCUGCUCUGUACGCAUUUCAUGAAUUUGAAAAUAACAGGUUUGACUCACAAAAAGCCUUAAGCAGAAGGAAAGGAAGCUCUAGGAUUGAUUUUCUCAAAGGUGCCAUUGACAGUGCACUGAAUAGUAAAAAUGGUCACCUGGACCUCUUUACACGCUUCCUUGUUGGGCUCUCUCAUGAGUCCAGCCGGGACAUCCUUCAAGGCAUUUUGGAGAGAACAAACAGCAGCUCAGAAUGCCACAAAAAGUUAAUUACAUACAUCAAGAACUUAAAAAGAAAGGACCUCUCCCCAGAGAGAUGCAUUAACUUGAUCCACUGUCUGCUUCAGCUGAAGAACAAAAGCAUUCUACAAAAUGACAACAAUGAAGCCUCUUCAGACACACUGCUUACUCCAUUUCAGUGCUCCCUCUUGGCAUAUAAGUUCAUUAUAUCAGAGAAGCCAGAAGAGUUUGACUUCAGGAAUGAAAAAAACAUCAGAUGAGGGUUUUUACAGACUGGCUCCAGCUUUGCUCUCUUGUACUACGGCGUUGCUCAACUUUUGUCACAUCACACCACUGCAAUGUGCAACUGUGGUCUCAGUGCUUCGAUCUGAGUUCUCCCGUCUGACAGUCCUAGAUCUGG